AUGAACGACAUACGAGAUAGUCGACAAGGCCCAAAGAAGCGCGUCGCUUUCAAAAGCAAAGAUAGCCUCUCCGAAGGUCAAAGGCAGCAGAAAAACGUCCCCAAGAAUUGUAAGCUGGACUCUAGUGAUGCCGAGGGGAAGCUGGUACAGGGAUUGACGCCAGUGGACGAGGAUGCCGAGAAUCAAGGUUUCAGCGAAUGGCUACAUUCAGGCCAUGGCAUUGAUACUAUGCGACUCUUCGUAAUCGCUAACUCGCUUCUCGUCUUCGUUACCGUUGCCUGGCCUCACAUGCAGAAAACCUAUGCGAUUCUAUACGAGUUUGUCUUCGGGGACGAUGAAAAUAUUUUCCUUUUCAUUCAAUAUGCUCCAAUUGGGCUUCACGAUACAUACACACAACGAACAAUGAGUCUAUGUGCUAUGUCCGUGCCAGCUAAUUAA